UUUUUAUUUUCACACACAAAUUAACAUGCUAGUUUGCUAUUGGUCAACGUAGACAAAUUACUGCUGUGGGUGAAAUAAGUUGAAAUGGACUCAGUUUGGGGUCAUAUCUUUGUGGUGAAAAAUUCUUUUGGUCGCUGAAUAGCUGGCGUCUAGACACCUACAUCUACUACUACACCUGUUUUUAAUUUCACCAUGUGUAUAUUCAACAUAUCAGUUGGAAUAAAAAUAUUUACUUUCAUUUUGUAACUAUUUUAAAACAAAUUUAACGCAAAAUUUUUUGUUUAAUAAAGCUAUCGAUUUUUUUUUUGAAAACACUAGAAUAUGUUCGGAUUCCGCGAAACUUGAAAUUCCCAAAUAUGUACCUGAUUUUAACUCCUUAAAUAAAUAAUUGGCAGCUCUGCCGCUCAGCUGUUCUUUGGCACAAGGCGAACUGUCAACUCAUUCAUAAAUUUUAUCCAAUUUUGUUCGGGACGAGUUUGUGGGGGUUUACUGGGGAUUUACAUUUUGGUAUACAGACAAAGCGGUUGGAAAAAUAGCUUUAGAAAAAAGUGAUUGCUGUGAAAAUUUUCCAAAUUGUUUGCAAACAAUCUAAAAAGUGACUACCAAAACAGUUUCACCGCUCAUUUUGCAUGGAACAGCGCGACGCGCUGGGAUUUAAGAAUUGUGGCUUGGCUGGCUGCUCCAAUUGUAGGUGCAACUGUGCGUUUGUGUAUUCCUUGCGUUACAUGAGCCCUGCUUAAGAAGUUCGUGGGCGUUAACUAAUAGCAUCAAUCUAGUGCUAUUUUCUUUUUUUUUGGUUUACUUCUAAAAAUUUUCACUCUGUACAAGUCACGAAACGGCCAGCAAAAUAAGCCAACGAAGGAGAUUCUACACCUGUAACUCGUUAAUGCUGAAAGCUUUGCUCGGCUCAGAGUCCACAGAAUCAACAGAAGACACAGGUGGCGGCAGCGGCAGUGGCAGCAGUGGUGGGGGCGGAAGUGGCGGUGGAGGUGUGGGCGCUGGAACCGGUGGCGCUAGUGGUAGUGGCAGCCUAACAUCUAGCUCUGUUUCGAACAGUCUGAACGCUGCAUGCAGCACUGCUAUUGGCACGGGUAGCAAUUGUAGUCAGUCAGCUUUUGGCAUUGUAGGAGCCGGUGGCGGUUUUACCUGCAACCUGUCCUCCUCCAACUCCAGUGGUUACUGCUCUGCCUGUCAGGCGUCUGCGGACAGGUGCCACAGCAAUACAGGCAGUCGUAAGAGUCGAAAGAGUUCGUCAUCGCGCAGCAAAAUGUCACACUCCAAUUCCAGUUCAAUGCGCGGCAGUAGUGGCAGCAGUUGCCGCAGCAGUGGCGCUGUUUGCAUGUACGAUGUGGCUAGCUGCAAGUCGAUCUCGCCGGGGAGCUAUAGCUUAAAUGCCUUGAAUGUAGAUUUCAGUUCGUAUACGGCAACACAUCAGUGGACCAAAAUGCUCGAGUGCGCCGAAUUUGUAGGUGCCAAGCGCAGCAAGCACACUGUAGUGGCAUAUAAGGAUGCCAUGUUUGUUUUCGGUGGCGAUAAUGGCAAGACGAUGCUCAACGAUUUAAUACGCUUUGGCGUUAAGGAUAAGUCGUGGGGACGCGCUUGUGCUACAGGCACGCCACCGGCGCCACGCUACCAUCACUCGGCAGUUGUGUAUGGCAGUUCAAUGUUCAUAUUUGGUGGCUACACAGGCGAUAUACAUUCAAAUUCUAAUCUGACAAACAAAAAUGACUUGUUCGAAUACAAGUUUCAGAGUGCAAUGUGGGUCGAGUGGAAGUUUUCAGGAAGAAUGCCAGUACCUCGCUCAGCGCAUGGCGCCGCCGUCUACGACAACAAGAUGUGGAUAUAUGCGGGAUAUGAUGGUAAUGCACGCCUAAACGAUAUGUGGACGCUGAAUUUAACUGGCGAAAACCAUCAGUGGGAAGAGGUCGAGCAGAAGGGAGAACGUCCACCCACUUGCUGCAAUUUUCCCGUCGCCGUUGCCCGCGACUGCAUGUAUGUAUUUUCCGGCCAAAGUGGUCUGCAGAUCACCAAUUCACUCUUCGAAUUUCAUUUUAAAACAAAAACCUGGCGUCGCAUCUCCAAUGAGUCUGUGUUGCGUGGUGCCGCUUCGGCGCCUCCCUCGCGUCGUUAUGGUCACACCAUGGUGCAUCACGAUCGCUUUCUAUACGUGUUCGGCGGGUCUGCAGACUCAACAUUACCCAACGAUCUACAUUGUUUCGACUUGGACUCACAACUGUGGUCGGUGAUCACACCAGAGCCGAAUUCCGAUGUACCCUCCGGCCGUGUAUUUCAUGCCAGCGCUGUCAUAGCUGAUGCUAUGUACAUUUUUGGUGGCACUGUCGACAACAGCGUACGUCGCGGUGACACUUAUCGCUUUCAAUUCUCUAGCUAUCCAAAAUGUACGCUGCGCGAUGACUUUGGCAAAUUCUUUCACGAUAAACAAUUUUGCGAUAUACAAUUCAUUGUUGGCCCCGAGGAGAUUAACAUAUUGGCGCAUAUCGCGUUUGUGGCAGCGCGUUCGAAACACUUGCGUACUAAGAUAUUAGCAGCGCGUGAUGCGCGCCAACAGCAAAUGGAAAAGGUUUUCGGGCCGAAUAUGGAUAUACAUAGCGCAUUGGGUACAGGUGGUGGUGAUCGCGCGCCCAUGCUGGAGGUGCGGUUGGCGCAGGCGUCGCCAGAGGCUUUCGAGAUUAUAUUGAAUUACAUUUACACGGAUCGCAUAGACUUGAAGGAGUCAUACAGCAAGAAUAUAAUUAUAUUGAUAACUGAUAUAUACCAGUUGGCGGGCAGAUUUCUUAUGCCGCGACUGGCGCAGGGGUGUAUACAGUAUUUGGAUUUUAAGAUCAACAAGCAGAAUGUGCUGGAAGCGCUCUACAAUGCGGACAAGAAUAAAAUACAAAUCAUCAAGGAUCACUGCAUGCAAUUCAUUAUUAAGGAUGAAAACUAUACUGACGUGGUAAUGUCCAGCGAAUUUGGUGAUUUGGAUAAGAGUUUGAUAGUUGAAAUUGUGCGUAGGCGCCUUAAUCCCAGCAAGAUCGUCAUGGAAAACAAUUUUGAGAAAAGUGAUGCAGGCACAACUCUGGAGAGCGAUAUGGCUCUCUUUCUGGAGUCGACUGGCAAGGAUUUUUGCGAUAUAAAUCUCAUACUGGAUGGUCAAGUUGUGCCAGCGCAUAAGUCGAUAUUAUCGGCACGUUGCACCUACUUCCAGGGCAUGUUUAGGUCCUUCAUGCCGCCCGAUAAUACAGUAAAUAUCCAAAUAGGCGAGAUUUCACCCUCACAGGAGGCUUUCCAAUCGCUGCUACGCUACAUUUACUAUGGCGAGACGAAAAUGCCGCCACAAGAUGCAUUGUAUCUAUUUCAAGCGCCAUGCUUUUAUGGUCUAGCCAACAAUCGGCUUGCCGCCUUUUGCAAGUACUCACUAGAACACAACAUCACCUAUGAGAAUGUGCUGCAAACAUUAGAAGCAUCGGAUAUAACAAAAAUUUACGACAUCAAAGAUUAUGCAUUGCGUUUGAUAGUGAAGGAUUUCACCAAAGUAGCGCGUCUGCCUAAAAUUGGUGCACUCUCACGUGAGCUGCUGCUGGAAAUUAUACGCGCUGUCGCCGAUUCGCAGGGCGAGUUCUUGACACGUAUUAGUAUCAAUACUGACAUCUGAAAUUUGGUACUGCUAUGGCCGGCAUUACAAUUGCUUUUGGCUUGGCUGCAAAUUGUUGGUGGGCGAAGUGGUAGUGUCGAUGGUAUCGACGGUGGUGGCGUUGACGAUAGUGGCUUAGAUGCAGCUAUUGAUGUGGCUACGAAGCGCGGGUAUGAAAGCGAAUGACGGCAUGCUUCGAUGUUGACGGACGGACACAAAACAACAUUUAUCUUUAUUUGUUGUUCAAUUUCCUUUUGCCUCCCCCCGCCCCCUCUUAAGCACACAGUUUGUUGUAAGUUGAGGAAAUAAGUUGGGUAUUUUAAGGUAUUUUAGUUGUAUGUUAAAAAAGGCACACAGAAAUUGGUGGCCAAAAUGGACCCAAGGUAUUUGUUAUAACCUCAUUUGAGGCAUACUUUAUGCAUAUGCAGUUAAAAGUUUUUAUUUGUAAUUAUUGUAUGCUUAAGUUAUUUUUCUUAAAAAAAUUUUUCCAGUGUGAUAUAAAAAUUCUUUUUUAAGUUGAAAUUGCAAAAAUCUUUAGGAAAUCUCUAAUUUUAAUACCAUCACACGUUGCUAAUUUGUAUACUCAAAUUUUAUGCUCCCUUGUUGUUCCUCGCUUUUAGUAGUUAAAAUUUGCAAAUUUUAGAAAUAUUUGGUAAUAUACAAAUUUUUAUUAUAAGCUUAUACAAAAUGUUUCACAAAAUAUAUAUGUAUAAGUACUUAUAAGUGUAUGUUUAUGCAUGAAAACAAAGAAAAAUUGCAGCACGCAGCGCAAAAAUUUUGAGUAAAUGUUAAUCCUCAGCUAGAGAAUGGCAGUCAAGUUGUGGAUUCAAGCUUAAAUAAAGUUAAGCACAAUUAUGAAAGCAUACGUAUGAAUUUUAUCAAAAAGUUUUGGAGGCGACAGUGCUGGUCAGUAAUUGAUCUAAGUGGUUCCGAUAGCAUGGAUAUGACUGUUGUUAAACCGAAAAUGUUUUUCCCAGCUCAGCUGAGUAAUAACUCUGUCAACUCGUAGAAAGCAAACUAAUACUACUUUUUACUGAUACGACUAUUUAUUACGCUUAAAAACCACAUUAAAAACUCUGACUUAUCUUAACCGUAGAACCAUAAUAUACGUAAAUUUUACGCAUGUACAAUUUUCAAAUUGUGAUUGCACAAAUGUGCCAGGCUGUAACGGUAGCCAACGUAUUUUUGUGUAUACACAAAUGCGAAAGCACAUCGCAUGUGUCAAUGAAAUUUUAUUUAUUCCUUGUCUUUUCUUUAAUAAAAUAAAAUUAAAAUUAA